AUGGUCCCGCCAGCCAACAUCCUGUUCCUGCUUUUGCUCCCAGUGGCUGCAGCUCAGAUGACCCCAGGUUCCUGUUCCGGAUGUGGGCCCCUCUCUCUGCCACUCCUGGCAGGCCUUGUGGCUGCGGAUGCUGUUGUGUCACUGCUGAUUGUGGUGGUGGUGUUUGUGUGUGCGCGCCUACGCAGCAGGCCCACCCAAGAAGAUGAAAAAAUCUACAUCAACAUGCCUGGCAGGGGUUGA